AUGCUCCCGCUCGUCACGCCCAAGCGGCCGACCCCGGCCCCGGCCGAAGGCGCAGCAGCCCCGCCGACCCGACCACCCAACUACGGCGUCUACCUCGUCACCGACUCGACGCCCACCAUCCUUGGUGACAGGGAUCUUGUCGCCGUUGUCGAAGCCGCGCUCCGGGGCGGCGUUACCUGCGUCCAGUACCGCGACAAGCACGGCGAGCGCGAGGCCGUCGUAGCCACGGCGCGCCAACUGCACGCCCUCACCCGCCGCCGCGGCGUGCCGCUGCUCAUCAACGACCGCGUGGAAGUUGCCGUGGAGGUUGGAUGCGAGGGUGUCCACAUUGGACAGGAUGACAUGAGUGUACAGGAAGCUCGUAAGCUCCUCGGAGACGGCAAGAUCAUCGGCGUCACGGCCAGCACCACCAAAGAAGCCAUAAAAGCUUGCCAAGACGGCGCCGACUAUCUCGGAAUCGGCACCGUCUAUGCCACCGCAACCAAGAAAGAUACCAAGUCUAUCAUCGGGCCCGCCGGCGUCCGCGCAAUCCUCACUGCCAUGGCCGCCUACGGCCACGGCGGCGUGCCCACCGUCUGCAUCGGCGGCGUCAACACCUCCAACGCUACCUCCGUUCUCGCACAAGCCAGCUCCCCCAGCAAGUCCCUUGAGGGUAUCGCUGUCGUCAGCGCCGUCGUCGCCGCUGCGGAUCCCGCCGCCGCCGCCAGCCAACUCGCGGGGGCUGUCGCCACGGCGGCGAUCCCGGUUGUCGUCGUGCAAAACUUUGCCGCCAACGUGGCGCUGGCGGUCGGGGCCAGCCCCAUCAUGUCCAACUACGCCGCCGAGGCCGCGGACCUCGCCCAGCUCGGCGGCGCGCUGGUCGUCAACAUGGGCACCGUGACGCCCGAGGGCCUUGCCAACUACAAACAGGCUGUCAAGGCUUACAAUGACGCCGGCCGGCCGAUCGUCCUAGACCCCGUCGGCGCCGGCGCAACCACCAUCCGACGAGCAGCGUCCGCUGAGAUGCUCGCCCUCGGCCGCUUCGCCGUCAUCAAGGGCAACGCCGCUGAGAUCCAGACCCUCUUCGGCACCUCGAUCGCGCAGCGCGGCGUCGACUCGACCGCAGAACUCACCGUCCCGGAGCGGGCGCGGAUCGCCGCCGCGCUGGCGCGCCGCCACGACACCGUCGGUGGUGACGCGCUGCUGGCGACGGUCGCGGCGGCGGCGCUGUACGGUGCGGCGGCGCAGCGCGCGGUCCAGAGGGCCGACGUGCGCGGGCCGGGCACGUUUGUGCCCGCCUUCAUCGACGAGCUGGCGGCCGUGAGUGUGGCGACGGCCGAGGGAGACCUACGGUGGCUGGCGAUGACCAAGGUCCAGGGCCUCGCUGUGGACUGA